GGAACAUUGAAAUGGAUGAGGUGGAGUUUAUUUCCGGCGGUUGCCGCGGUCUUGAUGGUUAUCAGGGAAGCGGGGCGGCGCCAGCAAUAAGGUAGUAGGAGAGACACCGAGUUUUAACGGGAGUUUUGUGAGAUACAAUACGCAGCCAUCAUGUCAAGCAAAAGAGCUAAGGGAAAGACCACCAAGAAGCGCCCUCAGCGUGCAACUUCCAAUGUAUUUGCCAUGUUUGAUCAGUCACAAAUUCAGGAGUUCAAGGAGGCCUUCAACAUGAUUGAUCAGAACCGUGAUGGCUUCAUUGAUAAGGAGGAUUUGCAUGACAUGUUAGCUUCACUUGGAAAGAACCCAACUGAUGAUUACCUGGAGGCAAUGAUGAAUGAAGCUCCAGGACCUAUCAAUUUCACCAUGUUUUUGACCAUGUUUGGUGAAAAGCUGAAUGGGACAGACCCUGAAGAUGUAAUCAGAAAUGCCUUUGCAUGUUUUGAUGAAGAAGGAACAGGUUAUAUCCAGGAAGAUUACCUGAGAGAUCUGUUGACGACAAUGGGUGAUCGAUUUACCGAUGAGGAGGUGGAUGAACUUUUCCGUGAAGCACCGAUUGAUACUAAGGGCAAUUUCAACUAUAUUGAAUUUACUCGCAUACUGAAACAUGGUGCCAAGGACAAAGAUGACUAAUGGAAUGUAAAUUCAGAGGGUGGGGGAAAAUCCUGUUUUACUUUGCAGAAGUUAUACCUGUUGGAACAUACUGCAUGCCUUGGCUCUAAUAAACGUUGCUUUUUUUCAUUAUUUAUAUUUUCAGUCAUAUUGGCACACUUUGCACACAUUUUGAGUAAGUGAAAGGUUAGUGGCAGGGAACAAGAAUCUCUAGAAACAGAUCUCUUGGGUAUAUGGCUUGGCAGAAUCUCUAAUUUGUCUGGGUUCAGAAGGUUUUUAAAAUUGUCAUUUUAUUUGUGAUUCAUGGGGUGAUGGGGAAAAUAAAUCACUUCGUUUAAUUCUUCCGAUCAGUAUACUUGGUUUGUCUAAGACAAUUAUCCUCGUUGUUAGUUGAAAAAAUAUGACCUGUAAAAAGUUAAUCUUGUGUUGAAAAUCAUGAUAUCGUUAUGAUGGCAGUCAUGACAUGCAAGUUUGACCUAUCAUCUGUUUGCUCAAUUUCAGUUAUGGAGCUAUGUUUAAAUAUAUAACUGAUCAUUUUAAUCAGUGAUAUUUGGUAAUACUAGUGAAUGAUAAAUAGUAUGAAGAGUUGUAAGCUGUAUCUUGAAGGAUAGUGGAAGACAAGACUUCAGUUUAAAAUGCAGAUUUUUAAUCCAGAGUUUCCCCGUCUUGUCUGAGGUAAGACCAAAGUGUCCCAAGUGACUAUGCAGAUUGGUGUAGACAUGCUAUGCCUUAUUCUUGAUCAUACUUCACACCCUGUUAAGAAUUGUGUCCUUUGUUAUCAAAAUUCUGAAUUAAAUAAAAGUUCUAAAUUUGAA